UUCGGUGGUGAGUUUGUUUUUAUCCAGUUUUGAAAUGAAAUUGGUCGGGUUGAUAUUGCUGCUCCUUGGCUUCGUUGCCACCGCCCGCUGUCAGGACGAGAACGAAAAUGUUCGAAGGAUAAUGAAGGAAAUGGAAGUCGUUCCGGAGAUUUUAGAUGAGCCGCCAAAGGAGCUGCUCAAGAUUAAGUAUGACAAUGCAUUUGACAUUGAGGAGGGAAAAACCUACACACCAAAGGAACUCAAAUUCCAGCCAAAACUCGACUGGAACGCAGAUUCCGGAUCUUUUUACACCGUGGUCAUGAUUUGUCCAGAUGCCCCGAACCGCGAGAACCCAAUGUACAGGUCGUGGCUCCAUUGGCUGGUGGUCAAUGUCCCUGGAUUGGAUGUAAUGAAAGGGCAGUCUAUAUCGGACUAUUUCGGACCUCUGCCACCCAAGGAUAGUGGCAUGCAACGCUAUUUGAUCCUGGUCUACCAGCAAUCGGAUAAACUGGACUUUGACGAGAAGAAAAUCGAGCUUAGUAAUGCCGAUGGUCACAGCAAUUUCGAUGUUUUGAAAUUCGCACAGAAAUACGAACUGGGUGUACCUGUAGCCGGAAACAUUUUCCAGUCCAGGUGGGAUGAUUAUGUGCCGGAAUUGAUGAGGAUGUUGUACGACGUGAACGAGUAAAUCUGUUUUAAAAUUUAAGUCUAUUCAUGAAGCUAUUAAAGAUGGCUUCUGAGUAAUUUUUUAAAUACAAGUUUUUAGCUAGUGACGAGCAUUCAAA